AAGAGAGUAACCCUAGCAGCAGCUUUUCAGCUCACGAGGAGAAGAGAUCGCAGUCGCGUAUCAAAGAAAUGACUUUCAAGCGUAGGAACGGAGGGAGGAACAAGCACAACCGUGGCCACGUCAAGCCAAUCAGAUGCUCCAACUGCGGCAAAUGCUGCCCCAAAGACAAGGCCAUAAAGAGGUUCAUAGUGAGGAACAUCGUGGAGCAGGCUGCCAUUAGAGAUGUUCAGGAAGCCAGCGUCUACGAUGGGUACACGUUGCCUAAGCUGUAUGCGAAGACGCAGUACUGUGUCUCGUGUGCGAUUCACUCUCACGUUGUUCGAGUCCGUUCCCGCACUAACCGCAGGGUUCGUACUCCCCCUCCACGUUUCGUCAGACGCAAGGAGGAUGCGCCCAAGCCUGGACAACCUGGUCAGACUCCUCGUCCUGCUGGAGCUGCAGCUGCACCGCGUGCCUGAAGCCUCUUCCGCAUAUCUUUGUUUCAGCUUUUCUGUUUUUGUUUCUCUUUAUGUUUGGUUCAGUUACUCAAUACUACUACUACAAUUUGAAUCUCUUUUAUUAGUGGUUGUUUCGACUUUGAUUAUAUUU